UCUUUUAUAACAUUUACAUUAGGAUAACGCACCUUGUGUCCAAAAGUAUUUGGACACGUGGACAUCACCAUGCGUGCUUGUUGAUCCUGGGGUUUAAACAAACACUAUAAACACUAGUUCUACUGAGCAGUGGAUCUAAUAAACUAUAAGCAAGUAGCUACUGAGGAGCUGUGGACCUUUAAGGCUUAAUUAUAACACUACAUUUGAGCUAAAUGCACGUGCAGUGCUAAUGGGUUGCACUAAAGCCAGACAGAGUGAUUCUGAUAAUAAUUGCUGUUGUAUACGUGCAUGGAGUCAAGUUUGCCCGGUCAAACUAGUAUUUUUUAUUAAUGGUUUUACAGGAAAACCUUGUCAGAAAAUUAGGGUUCAAAAGUGAUGUCAACUGACCUCCAUUUCUCUUAUUAUAAUAUUCCAAUUUUAUACAAUAUUUCUUGGGAAAUGUUUGAAUGAUGGUCUUCCCAACCAAUAAUUCAAUUGAUUUCUAUUUUUUUAACUAACCCGUUUGCACCAUCGAUUUCUAUUAGUGCAUUUGAGCAGGACCACAAUACCCCCUGUCAUUGACAACCUUGUCUGUAAUUCAGAAAUCAAGGGCUAUAAACCUGAAAUGGUGCAUGGUUUAGUUUUAAUAGUCCUAGAAAUCUCUAGUGGUAAAACUGUGUGCAUCAAAAGGAGUCCUUCUAGUAAAGCGCUGAAGGUCAAGUGUCCCCUGAUGUACCUCAUUUUCUCUGCAGUCACUAGAUCUGAAUAACCGUCUAAUAAAUGUGUACGUUAUUUAAGUUUACAUGUACGCUAAAUCAAAAAGGUGUUUCAUGCAUUGGGAUGGUUACUUAGCAUUACAUUGUAGACAUUGUUUACAUCAUAAAUCUCUACUUGGUGAGCACAGGCAUUCAGUUAUGCUCUGAUUUUAUUCAUUCCGUGUGCCAGAACACAGACAUAUAAUGUCCAUAUAAAAAGAUGAACGCAUUGAAUGAGUCAUGAUAGCUGCAUUACAUAUUGAUAACUGUUUGUCUCUUACACCUCUUCGUAAGCCUCUCUUACAUAUUUGCACACACAGCUGUGACUAAAAUAAGCUCUUGGCCUGGCAGCCUCUUAUUUGGCUGCCGGGUGUUGCUAUGGACAGUUACCAUGACAAUGCAUCAGGAAUGGGUCGGAAGAGUACAAGGAGGUCAAAGUGAAAGUAAAACACCAGAAAACCCCAUCAGUGUUUAAAAAGGCAUUAAAUAUUCAUGGUAUGAUACUGAACUCAACAUGAUGGUAUAUGAUAAGAAUGUACAGAACAUUGUGAAAACUUGCCAAAACAGGUUCCUGGAAUUACAGCAUUCUGAAAUCUUCCUGCUAAACAUCAUGAGGAUUGCCUCUAGCUUUUAGUGGUUAUAGCAGUUUCUUUGAUUAGACAAGCUGUUAAUAAAUCAGUAAAUAAUAACCAACAGGGUGCUGAGAUGCUGUCACAUUCCUAAAGACACAAAAACGCAUCUUGUCGUGUUAAUUCUCCACAACAAAGGAACUCCUCCAACUAUUCCAUGUGGGGAAAGCACCUUUGCCUGACACCUACAGGGUUGGGGGUUCGAAUUCCAGCAUGUUCUACCUGUACUUGCAGUUCCUCUUGGUUUCUUAACCUAGUCCAAAGACAUACACCGUAUACUGAUUGGCUACUCUAAAUUGUCCAUAGUAUGUAAAUGGCUGGGUGUGUGUGUGAUUGUGUUCUGCAGUGGGUUGGCACCCCACCCAGGGUGUCCCCUACCUUGUGCACCCAAGUCAACCAGGAUUGGCUACAGUCUCCCUGUGACCCUGUGUAGGACAAGCAAUAGAGAAAAUAUUCGGUUGGAAGUCAUUCAGUCAGCAGAAAGCCACAAGAAGUAAGGCAGAAUAUUCCAGAGGUUUUCAAUGAGUGAGGUCUGCAAUCCCAGAUUACUGUCUGCUCCUCAUCCAUGGGAUUAGAGAAGGCACCAGGGUGUAAACACACACGCACACGCACAUUCUCGUCGCUCUUCACUAUCCAAUUGUCAUUUUAAGCUGAACAUAAGUUAAUGAAUAUAUAUUAAAAAUCUUUUUUUCCCACAACACUUACAAAAAGUCGGAUAAGUGUCACUGACAGGUUGCAAUCUCUUGGAUUUGGAGUCAUGACGCUGUUGAAAUCGGGCUGGAUCUGGCGGCAGUCGUCCGUCCUCAGGCGCUGGAAGCUGAACUGGUGUGACCUCUGGAUAGACGGAAGUCUGAUGUUUUAUAAGACAGAUUCGAGGAAGGACUAUGAGACCAGAGUGAGUCUGAAGAGUACAUGCGUGAACGUGAAAUCUGGCCUGGAGUGUGCAGGCGUGUCUCCACCAGAGAGCCACCCAAGGGAGAAUCUAUUGGUGUUGUUCCUGAAGGACGGCUCCACUGUGUUCCUGUGUGCUAACAGUGAGGAUGAGGCUCUGGCUUGGAAGCUGACAAUCGUGGAAGCAAAGCAAAGUCCUUUCUAUAGUUAUGAUCCCUAUAAUGACACAUACCAGUCUGUUCCGGUUAAUGGACACAACGCCAUGUACAUCACACCAGGUGAUGGCAGUGGAGGUACACAUCAUGUCUGGGUGCACAGGGAGCGCUGUGAUGACUGGAUUGGAGAGCAGAUAGCACUGGGUUUGCUGGCUGGCAUGGCAGUGGGCACAGUGCUGCGCUCGUUCCUCUGGAUCCCUCUCUGGUACUGCUGAUACAGUAGCAGGCUUCAAGAAGCCAGUAAGUUGAGAGGAAGCCAGUAAGUUGAGAGGAAGUAGAGAAAGCACUGGCUCUUAAAGAUAGCUUCUGUAGGCUACCAUAAGUUAGGUAAAAAGGUAUUGUAUGGCUGUGUAAAUAUGUAAAUAAGUGAAGAGGUGUCAUAUAGAAGAGCAGGAUGAUGGAGAAGACCAAAGUGGUGUAUCUAUUUUUUUCUAUUAUCCAUAUGUCGGUUGCUAUUUUGACAGCAGGGUGGAAUAUCUUACAUAUCUGGCCUAGGAACUACACUGAGCUCUAAUGUAAAACUUUUAACUAGUUAUAUAGGAAUUCACCACUAGGGGGCAGACACACUGCAGCAAUGCAAAUAAAUAAACUUCCUGCCUAAACUUGUUUUCUGCUUUAUCUUCACUCGGGUCAAAGCUUGUAUAUCACAUAUUUCUCUCAAAAUACUGUAAAUGUAACAUUUGUAUAGUGUAUUGGUAUUUGUAUUGUAUUAUCAAAUACCAGUAAAAUCUGUUUUCAAAUUUCAA